AUGACGGGCACUUCCAUGAGGAACAGUACUUUGAAAGCUCCUAGUACAGUGAAUUCUGCAGAUGCUGAAUGCGGAAGUACAGAGAGUCGUAGUAACUUUGUUGAACUGCUGCCUCCAGAAGUCACUUGUAAGAUUUUCAGCCAUCUCGACAUUCAGAGUUUGUGCAGAGCUUCCGAGACAUGCUGGAGUUGGCAUCGCGCAGUAAGAAACAAUGAUGCCUUAUGGAAAGCUCACUGCUUCACCGCAAGAGCUGUGUGCCAAAGAGAAAUAGACGAUGACAUAAGAAGUGGUUAUACCUGGAGGGUAAUACUCCUAAGAAAUUACCAGAAGAGUAAACUGAAACACGAGUGGCUAAGUGGCAGAUACAGCAACAUACGUUCUCCUGCUAGCCUGCCAGAGAAACGAAUGUGCCCCAUGGAUGCUGAUACAUGGGGGGAAAUCCUAGACGCAGAACUGGAAAGAGAAGUUGAAAAAAUCUCAGUAGGCCUCAUGACUUUGAUGGCACAUAAUUAAAAUCACUCAGACUGCAAGAGACUUUUGAAAAUAUGGUAAUGUUUUUCUCAGUUUUUAAAAUAUUGAGCAUUUAAAAGAAAACAAUUGAAUAUGAAACUACUUUA